CGCGGGUCCUGGCUGAGGCGGAGGCUGCCCCUCCGACGGGGCAGGCAGGAGCGCGCUCCGCGGCGGGGCGCACGGCCGGAGCGUCCGCGGCGGCGGCUGCUCUGGCCCGGUGCUCUAGGCGGUCGCCGACUGAGACCCUAUGAGACGCGCUCGCGGGGGGCGCGAGACCCGAAGCCCAGGCGGCGCGCGGCGUAGGCGGAGAACAGCGCUGCAGCUGCUGGGGUCCGAGAGCGGCCGGCAGGAGGCGGCGGCGGCGAAGGCGAGAACUUGAACUUGGCGUCCGGAGCGGGCGCCCCGGACGCCCUCCGCCGGGGCCGGGGCGCCGAGGGACCUGGGUUGCAGCGUUGGCCCCCGGAUGGCCGCGGCGGCGGACCGGGCUCCCGCGCCGCGGCCCUAGGCGGCCUCUCGCCAUGGCCAAGUGGCUGAACAAAUACUUCAGCUUGGGCAACAGCAAGACUAAGAGUCCCCCGCAGCCGCCGAGGCCCGACUACCGCGAGCAGCGGCGCCGGGGUGAGCGGCCCUCGCAGCCCCCCCAGGCCGUGCCGCAGGCCGCCUCGGCGUCCUGCGGUCCGGCGGCCGCCUCCUGUUUCUCGGCCUCGUCGGGCUCGCUGCCCGACGAGAGCGGCAGCACGAGUGACCUCAUCCGUGCCUACCGCGCGCAGAAGGAGCGCGACUUUGAGGACCCCUACAACGGGCCCGGCUCGUCGCUGCGCAAACUGCGCGCCAUGUGCCGCCUGGACUACUGCGGCGGCGGCGGGGAGCCCGGAGGGGGCCAGCGCGCCUUCUCGGCCUCGUCCGCGUCGGGCGCCGCCGGUUGCUGCUGUGCCUCCUCCGGCGCCGGCGCUGCCGCGUCCUCGUCGUCGUCCUCCGGCUCCCCGCACCUCUACCGCAGCAGCAGUGAGCGGCGGCCCGCCACGCCUGCCGAAGUGCGCUACAUCUCCCCAAAACACCGACUCAUCAAAGUAGAGAGCGCCGCCGUGGGCGGGACUGGGGACCCCCCAGGGGGGUCCUGUUCGGGCGGCCGCACCUGGAGCCCGACUGCCUGCGGAAGCAAGAAACUGCUCAACAAGUGCGCCGCCUCGGCCGCGGAGGAGAGCGGGGCCGGCAAGAAGGACAAGGUGACCAUAGCCGAUGACUACUCUGAUCCCUUUGAUGCCAAGAAUGACCUCAAGAGCAAAGCAGGAAAGGGGGAGAGUGCAGGCUACAUGGAGCCCUAUGAGGCCCAGAGGAUCAUGACAGAAUUCCAGAGACAGGAAAGCAUCCGAUCCCAACACAAAGGCAUCCAGUUGUAUGACACCCCUUACGAACCUGAAGGCCAAAGUGUUGACUCGGACUCGGAGAGCACGGUCAGCCCCCGAUUGCGGGAGAGCAAGCUGCCCCAGGAUGAUGACAGGCCUGCUGAUGAAUAUGACCAGCCGUGGGAAUGGAAUCGAGUCACCAUCCCUGCCUUGGCAGCCCAGUUCAAUGGCAGUGAGAAACGGCAGUCAUCCCCCUCGCCCUCGCGGGACCGGCGGCGCCAGCUUCGUGCUCCUGGAGGGGGCUUCAAGCCUAUCAAGCAUGGGAGCCCCGAGUUCUGUGGGAUCCUGGGAGAAAGAGUGGAUCCUGCGGUCCCAUUGGAGAAGCAAAUCUGGUAUCAUGGAGCCAUCAGCAGAGGGGACGCCGAGAACCUGCUGCGCCUCUGCAAGGAGUGUAGCUACCUCGUGCGGAACAGCCAGACCAGCAAGCAUGACUACUCCCUGUCACUGAAGAGCAACCAGGGCUUUAUGCACAUGAAACUGGCCAAAACCAAAGAGAAAUAUGUUCUGGGUCAGAACAGCCCCCCAUUCGACAGUGUCCCGGAAGUCAUCCACUACUACACCACCAGAAAGCUACCCAUCAAAGGAGCUGAGCACUUGUCCCUCCUGUAUCCUGUGGCUGUGCGGACCCUGUGAACGGACCAGUCCCUCUCUGCUCUGUGACAGAGCCCAAGACUUGGAGAAGCCGGCAGGGCACCGACAACCCCACCGUGUUGCCAGCUGUGUCCAGUUUGUGUCGUGUGUAUGGUACUAGCACACCACUGCAUGUCUUAGAGUGCUGUUGCCACUGACUGGGGCCAGAGAAGGCCUGGGUGGAGGCUGAGGGAGGCCCCCACACCACCCCAGUCCCCACCCCCACCCCUCCUAGAGUUUCUGUGAAUUAAGUAUUUGCAAUCCAAAGAGAUGCCUUACAGGGUGAACAAAGGCAGCAGCUCUGGGUGGGGCUGGAGCUCCCUGGGCUGCGUCUCUUUGUUCUCCAGCUGUCAGGAACUCACACCUGUGUACUGCAAAGUUUCCCACCCACCCACCAGUGCUGGGAGCCAGAGGCUGGCUCUGAGAGCCCAGGGGCCCAGCCGCCCCUCCGGUGUGGAGUCUCUGUGAGUGUGCGCAUGAGCACAGACUUGUGCGAGCAUGUGGUCACACAUGCGUAAGUUCCAACCUACAUUUAGUCUCUCCGUGUAAUCAUUAGAUCUUCAAGGAAUCAUUGUGCAGUCAAAAAAGGAUGCAAUUAUUUAUGAAUAGGGUGUGUAAAUAAAAUAGUCAUUUAAUAUA